AUGGAAGUAAAAACUUAACACACUGACUCAUCCUUAGAAAAUGGUUCCAUAGUCAGCCUCUACUGUGCCUCCCAAGAGGUUCUCUGUCAGAUUGUCAGAGGCAUCAGCCCUGAAGAGCCCAACAAUGCCACCUUGAUCACCUGGCAAGAGAGGGUCAGGAAGAGGUAUGGCUUCUACAUCGGUGUGGGUCUCGCCUUCCUCUCCUGCCUACUCAUCGGCAGCAGUGUCAUCCUUAAGAAGAAAGGCCUCAUACGCCUUGUGGCCACAGGGGCCACCAGGGCAGUGUCUGCUGGAGAAGUUGCCAACUUUGGGGCCUAUGCAUUUGCACCUGCUACAGUUGUCACACCGCUGGGAGCACUGAGCGUCCUCAUAAGCGCCAUCUUCUCCUCCUAUUGCCUGGGAGAGAGCCUGAAUCUUCUGGGGAAGCUGGGCUGUAUCAUCUGUGUGGCUGGCAGCACAGUGAUGGUCAUACAUGCCCCCAAGGAGGAGAAGGUCACUACUGUUGUGGAGAUGGCUUCUAAGAUGAAAGACACAGGGUUCGUUGUAUUUGCGGUCCUUCUGGUGGUAUCCUGCCUCAUCCUCAUCUUCAUUGUUGCUCCGCGUUAUGGGCAAAGGAAUAUUCUCAUUUACAUCAUCAUCUGCUCUGUGAUUGGAUCCUUCUCCGUGACUGCCGUCAAGGGUCUGGGUGUCACCAUCAGGAACUUCUUCCAGGGCUUACCAGUUGUUCGCCACCCCCUGCCCUACAUCCUGUCUCUCAUCCUGGGACUUUCCAUCAUCAUUCAGGUCAACUUCCUCAACAGGGCACUGGAUAUUUUUAACACCUCCCUGGUCUUCCCCAUCUACUAUGUUUUCUUUACCACGGUGGUAGUGGUCUCCUCCAUUGUCCUCUUCAAGGAGUGGUAUACCAUGUCUGCUGUGGACAUUAUGGGCACCCUGUCUGGCUUUGUCACUAUCAUCUUGGGUGUUUUCAUGCUUCAUGCUUUCAAAGAUUUGGACAUCAACCAAAUCAGCUUGCCACACACUCACAAAAACACAACUCCAGCUCCUGCCCCAGAGCCCACCGUCAUUAAACUAGAAGAUAAGAAUGUCCUUGUGGACAACAUAGAACUUGCCAGCACACCAUCACCACAACAGAAGCCCAAAGUAUUUAUGAUCGAUUCUUAA